GCUCCCUCCCCGCCCCGCAGCCUCCCGGCAGCCGCGACCCCCGAGACCCCGGAGCGCGGUGCUGCUGCGGGGGUGCCGUCACCGGCAGCGCGGUCGGGCAAGGUGCCCGUGCUCCUCCUGACCCGCAUUGACCCGUCGGCCUAUCUGCGCUCCGGGACCGGCGGGGAGCGGCGCGCCGCGGAGCCUCGGCCGGGAAAGGACAAGGAGAGCUUCGAGCGGCUUUACCGCGUGGGACCGCUGCUGGGGAGAGGCGGCUUCGCGUCCGUGUACUCGGGGCUCCGCCUGUGUGACAACAGCCCGGUGGCGAUCAAACAAGUGGCUCGGGAGCGCAUCUCCUCGUGGGGCGAGCGGCCCAGCGGCACUCGCAUUCCCUUGGAGAUAGCCAUGUUGAGGAAGGUGCGCUCCGGCUGCAGUGCCAUCAUCCAGCUCCUCCAUUGGUUUGAGCUGCCCCACUCCUUUGUGCUGGUUCUGGAGCGUCCGGAGCCAUCGCAGGACCUCUCCGACUUCAUCAAAAAAUGGAGGUUCCUGCCCGAGAAUCUGGCGCGGGGCAUUUUCCUCCAGGUGCUGGUGGCUGUGCGGCACUGCCACAGCCGCGGUGUCCUGCACAGGGAUAUCAAGCCCAAGAACAUCAUCAUCAACUUGGCCACCAGAGAGGUCAAGCUAAUUGACUUUGGUUGCAGCACCCUCCUCAGGGACACGGUCUACACCAAAUUUAGCGGAACACCUUUGUACUACCCGCCGGAGUGGUUCCGCUGGCACUGCUACCACGGCCGUCCGGCGGCGAUCUGGUCCCUGGGCGUGCUGCUGUAUGAGAUGGUGUGCGGGGUCCUCCCCUUCCGGUGCUGCGAGGACAUCGUCAGCGGGCAGCUCUUCUUCCAGCGCCGGAUCUCUGUCGAAUGCCAGCACCUCAUCAGGUGGUGCUUGUCCAUGAGAGCUCGCGACAGGCCAUCCCUGGACGAUGUGUUCAACCACCCUUGGCUGCAAACAUCACUGCCCCAGGAGACAGCCGCCCUCCACCCUCACAGC